UCGUGCUGAAAGAAAUCACUUCUACACCCAAACGAGCCACUGCCUAUAAAAAAGCGUUCAGUGCAAGUAAAUCCAAAGAGAAGGUACAACUAACACCGCAACAAGUGUUAUUAAUGUUCAUUGAAGCAGACUUAUCAAAGAGGCAGUACGAAAUCAUAAGAAGUUAUAAUCCAUCUAUGUAUCCAUGCUACAGUAAGAUCCAAGAAGUGAAAAAAGAGUGUUACCCCGACAAAGAAUCUAUUACUGUCACCGAAACUUUAGCAGAUAUUAAGCUUCAGAAUUUGAUGGAUCACACUAUAUCCAGAUUACUGACAGAUCUUUACGAAGUAGUUAAAACGCUUGACGAAGAAGAAAGAAAUGCCUUGGAACUCAUAUGUAAAUGGGGAUGCGAUGGAGCGCAACAAGCGCAAUUCAAACAAAAAUUUGUAUGUGACUCCGACACGAGCGCUAACUUGUUCCAAAGCUCACUUAUCCCUUUACGGCUUAUUUGUUCCUUAAAUGGAAAAAUACUAUGGCAGAACCCCACUCCUUCAUCUCCUCGUUAUUGCCGCCCAAUAAGGCUGAGAUUUAUAAAAGAAACCGCAGAUGUGACAAGAGAAGAAAUAUCAUAUAUCAAAGAUGCUUCAAAAAAUUUGAACAAAACGAAAGUCCAAAUGAAAGAAAAUACAAUGAUGUUGACCAUGGUCGAUGGAAAGGUGUGCAACUCUGUGACAAGCACAUCAUCUACAAUGAGAUGCUACAUAUGUGGCUUAACUUCAAAGGAUUUUAACUGUAUCCAAAAAAAGGGGACAGUUAAUGUGGAAACUUUUGAGUUUGGUUUAUCUAUUCUUCAUGCCCAAAUACGAUUUUUUGAAGCUGUUUUACAUUUGGCCUAUAAACUACCAGUACAAAAGUGGCAGCUCAGAAGCGAUGAAGAAAAAGAAAAAGUCAAACUCAGAAAACUCGCAAUCCAAAGCGAAUUUAAGUCAAAGAUGGGUCUCAUUGUAGAUGUCCCAAAGGCAAAUUUCGGCAACACGAAUGACGGCAAUACCAGUAGAUGAUUUUUUGCAAACCACGAACUAUCUGCACAAAUUACUGGUAUAGGCGCGACAUUUAUCUAUCCCCUGAAAAUUAUUCUGGAAGUUUUGUCGAGUGAGCAUGAGCUGUAUCCUUGGCAUCCGAUGACCCCCACGCUCCACAAAAUACUAAUCCAUGGGCCUCAAGUAAUAAGACAUGCUUUGCUGCCAAUCGGACAACUGUCUGAGGAGGCUGCUGAAGCCAGGAACAAAUACAUACGCCUCUAUCGCCAAAACUUCGCAAGAAAAUUUUCUCGACAAGAAUGUAACGCGGACAUAUUAAACAGACUUCUUUUAAACUCGGAUCCUGUAAUGACGGGAAUGAGACCGAGAAGAAGAAAGUUGUCGGAACCUUUCUCAAAACACACCAUAUCAAUGCUACAGUCGACUGUAUUUAAUUAGUAUUUACUGUAGUUGGUAUUAAUUAAUAUUGUAGUUAGUAUUAAUUAUUAUUGUUGUAGUUGUCAAAACCUUUCUCAAAGGACACCAUAUUAUUGCUACAGUCGACUGUAGUUAAUUAGUAUUGACUGUAUUAAUUGCUAUCAUGUUAGAAACAUGAUUACAAACCAAAAAUAAUUUUGGCCGCCCAGAUUGAUGAAAUACUCUAUGUGCGACGGUCCCCUUCAUUCAUUUUGUGAACAUAAAUCGGUGCUUGAAUCAUUGUCGCCUUCUCUACAGGUAGAAGCCAAAAGAUAUAUUUAUAAUACCGUCAGUAAGUACGAAUUACUAGCAGUCCAAAGUAAGGUACAGCAUAACAAUCAUUACGAUUAUCUUGGAUCAAGUAGCACGCAUUCAUCUACUAGCACUCCCUUUCCACGGGAGAGUCCUCUAUCAGUACAUACAGAUAUGUCAAAUUCUAAUCCUUUUAACUCUCCACCGAUGCAGUCCCCAGAAAGUUUUUUACCGCCCCAAACUAGCACCGAUUGUCCGCAAGGAGCUGAAGAUAAAGCUGAUGAUAAAAUAGAUUUUGAAUCAGGACUUUUAAAGUUGUAAAUUACAAUAGCGUUUAGACUGAAAUUGUAAAA